UUUGCUUCUCACCAUCAUUAACCCAUUCCUUUGUCUUUCAGAAAAACAAAAAAGAAGUGAAGAGAGAAAUGGAGCUAGAAUUGGGACUCAAGAUCACUCACAAUAGAGAUGAUAUCACUUCUCAUACCAAUCUUCGGAUCGCCAAAGAUCAUACUGGUCCUCUCUUCUUGUCUAGAGAAACUGAAACUAUGUUCAUCCUUAUUGCAUACCUCAAAGGUUUUAAAAGAGAAAAUAUUGAUAUAAAGAUCAAUAAAGAUGGAAAUCAAAUUGCGAUUAGUGGGACGAAGGCAGUUCAGGAAAUGGUGUUAUCAGGAUGGAUUAUGCACAAGAAGGAUGUGGAAUUAAGGGCUUUCAGGAAAGUUUUUCGUAUUCCUGAUGGGAUCAUUUUGGAUCGAAUAAAGGCUAAGUUUGUCGACGAAGAAUCAAGCUUGAGAAUUGUUAUGCCUAAAUUGGUGCAAGGAAUACAAGGGAUUGAGAUUGAAGAAGUGAAGGAAGAACAAGAGAUUGAUAUGCAAAAUGAUCAACCCAUUGAGAGUCCAGAAGAAAAAUAUAGAGAUUCCAAGAACAAGGAAAAGGAAGAAAUUGAACAAGCUGUGGAAAAGGAGAUUGAGAGAAGGGAACAUGAAAUCCCACAAGAUAAGAUUCAGGAGUCAGAAAUGUUUCCUGAAAGAGACAAAGGGAAGGUACAGGAAAAACCUGAAAACAAUUUAGACACUGAAAGAAUUGUAGAAAACGAUGUUGAUGAAGGAGAAUUCAAGAAAAUGGAAGAUUUGAGUAAAGAAUCUGUAAACAUGGAAUCACAAAAGAAACCAGAAAAUGAAAUAAGCCAAAAAGAAUCAGAAGAAGCCCUUCCUGCUAUAACAACAGGUGCACGAACUAAAAUUCAAGAAUCUAAGAAAAUCAAACCCAAGAAAAAGGUAAAGAUUGUAGAAGAAGAAAAAUUCAAAAAACCAGAACAAUCUGAACUAGAAAAAGCAACAGAAUCAGGAAAUCAAGAACCUGAGGAAACAGUUGAAGAACCCAAAAAAAGUGAGCCUGAUAUGCAAGGGCAAGAAAUAGGAAAUGAGAUUGAAGAAGAAAGAACCGACCAAGAAAAACAAGUCGACGAGGAGGACGAAUCACCAGAAGUGAAGAAAGAAAAAGAGGUGAUUGACAGAAUAACUACAAUAGAGAAAGUCGUUACAAAAGGAUCUAAGCUACGCCAACCGCUUGUUGUUGCAGGCUCAGCUAUCCUUGUUUCUCUUAUUGUGCUUGUCAUUCGUUUUAUUAGAGCUAAAAGAAGAUAAAUUUAUUAUUCUUAUUAUUAUUAUUAUUA